CACAACCAGUGAUAAAAAUUGGACAGAUGAGAAUCAUCAAUCGUUUCAGUAAUUCAAUUAAAUUACAGGCAAAUAACGUCACCGUUGAAUACAUGUAUGAUGCGGUUUCGGCCUCAGAUACCUCUAUGAAUAAGGCGUAAUUAUAUUUACCAUGAAUCGAUAAAAAUUCACUUUUCCACCCGAUUUUCACAAAUGGCUCAGAACAACGACGGCUGGGUCAGGAGGUUUUUGGUCACUGACCCGCAGAGGCAUCGUCGUGGUUUCACAGUUUAUAAAGUCACAUCUGUCGUUUAUCCUGUAUCGUCACCUGAAGCGGUCACAAAAGUUGUUGUUUGGAAGAGGUACAAUGAUUUUAAAAAACUACACAGAGAAUUGCAGAGCAGACACGAAAAACUCUACCUCAAAGGCACCUUCCCUCCGUUCUCGAAGCCCAGUCUCUUUGGACGUUUUGAAGAGGAAGUGGUCGAUGAGCGACGGCUUGCUGCUUUAAGCAUUUUGGAAUUUGCAGCAGAACAUGUUGCUCUCUUUACCAGUCAAGUAUUUGUAAAAUUUUUUGAGUCUGGCUACUCAAUGAAUAGCAGAGUACAUCAUAAAGGCUCGCCAUCUUUCAUGGACGAAGCGGAGAUUUUAAGUGACCCUAUUUUACCAGAUUCAAUUGCAAAGCCCCUUCCAAGAAUGUCAUCUUUUGAUUCAGCGGAAUCGCGAAAUGAAACCACCGUCUGGACUGGACAACUCGAUGACAAUGCUAGCAUCAGUAGCUCUUUUAGCUCUGAUGAGGGCGGAAAGACUUCGGACACCGAAUCACCCAGCACUGUGAGUUCACCAGGGAGAAGUGAAAGUUCAAAAGAUCUCUUGUCGUUUUUUGACCCAUUAAAACAAGCGGUUGCUGCUAAGUUUACUGGCAGGAAUGAAAACAACCAGCAGCUGCUCUCAUCCUUACAAAUCAAUGAGCAACAAACGCCAGUUGAUGAUGGCUCUUGCCAUGGAGCUGGCUAUAUUUUUGAAGCAGCUUGUCAAGUGAGCCAAGCUCAGCAACAUGAAGCGAAUGGUCAUUUUGACGGAGCUUUCGAGUCUUAUAAACUUGGAAUUGGCAUUCUUUUGAGUGGAGUUCAAGCUGACAGUGAUUCUGUACGCCGUCAAGUAGUUCGAGAAAAAACGGCCAAAUAUUUAAUUCGGGCUGAGAAGAUAUACAACUCUUACCUUUUGAACAAAGAAGACAAAGCACGCCGAAUAGCGCAGACUACCUACAAACUAUUGAGACCUAUAGCAGAGCUGAAUAAAUUUAAAGUUAUUGGAGUUAUAGGGAAGUGCAUGCUGGUCAGAGAUGAGACACUUUCUUCAGAUAAUACUUCUGUUAUCAAAACAUUUUGGAAGUCUCCUCUUCUUACGAAGACUGCAGUCAUCAUACCUCAGGAGGUUCCGUAUUUUGUGCAGUGCCUAAAUUAUUUUGAGACUGAAUCAACAAUUUUUACAGUUCUGGAAUUUGUCAGCUAUAUUAAAUUGUGGGACCAGCUUGGUGACUCAAACGUGUGCCCCAAUCAGCAAGCGUUUUUUAAAACAAACUAUAGCACCCAACAAAACUCUUCAAACACUCAAGAAAUUCAACAAAAUCCUCUUUCUCCACUUUCUCCUGACAACAGUGAGGGUCUUCCUCCUAUGGCUUGUGACCUCACCGAGCAGAAUGACGAAAACUGCAACAACACGGAGGCAAGUGGGGUUUCUCGAAAUUCGAUCAAAUUUCCUUGGCUUGAUAUGGAUACUUCCUCACUGGUCCAAAAUGCCCAGAAACUCCUUCACUCUGUCAGCGCCACACUGCAGAAAAGUGACGUAGAGGGCGAGGAAAGCACAGCUAGAUCAGAAAAGCCAACUGUGGUCCAAUAUUUUCCCAAGCUAGAAAAUUCCAUUGAGCUGAAAAAGGAAGCCGAAGAAAGGUCAAGGGAACGACUUCGAAGAUCCUCGAGCAGAAGCCGAUCAUCGACUACUCACUUGCCAAAGUCAGGGAGGGUGAUUGAAAGACGAUUCAGUUAUGACGAUUUACUGGAUGGCAGAAGCAGUUUGGACACAAGUGGGAGGCGAAGUUCUAAGGCACUUGAUAUGCUAAUAAAACAAAGGCUAUCUGAAGAUUCUGUACGAGUUCUUGCCUCGCAAUUAGUUCUUGCUUUAGAAGCUCUACAUGAGCAAGGGAUUUUUUACGGUGAUCUCAAUCCUGACAACUUACUUCUGGAUAAUGAAGGCAACAUUAUACUCACUUUCAUUGGAAAAUGGCCUUGCGUUGAACAGCGUGUUGACUGGAAAGCUGUUGAAAACAUGUACGCAGCGCCCGAAAUCGGCAGCAUUCAAAAUGUGACUAGUGUUUCGGAUUGGUGGAGUCUCGGUGCAAUCAUUUUUGAGCUUCUUACUGGAAAAACUUUAGUUGCUAGCCACCCUGGAGGAAUACACAGUCAUACUAUUUUGAAUUUCCCUGACUGGAUCUCUGCAGAUGCUAAAUCGCUUCUCACGGAGCUUUUGAAGGCAGACCAAUUUGAAAGACUUGGUUGCGGAAGUCACGGCAUCGACAAUAUAAAAGCUCAUCUAUUCUUCAACAACAUAGACUGGGAUGCCGUGAUGCAAUACGGGGUGCGUAAAUUAAGUUUUAAACGCUAGUCAAAUCCGAGUUUAAAUCAAGUAGCAUUUAUUUGAAAAGCGCCAUUGAUGAAAUCCAUUCAUAAAUACCAUUCCAUGUAUUAUUAUAUUUAUUUAUAUUAUUCCAUGUUUUACAAGUAUAGCCUAGUCAAUGUCAACCUUAUAUAUAUUCAAUGAUAAAUUUUUUUUUUUUUUUUUUUUUUUUUAAAUUAAUGGUCAAAUACUGAAAAUCCUUCCAUAUCUAUAUCAACAUGACUUUGAUCAUGCGAUGCAUGUUGUAGCAUCAUAAUUUUUUAACGUCAUUUGCCAAAUAGCAACGCAAAUAGCAUCUUCCAAUUAGGUCUAGCGAUCAUUCCCGAGUUUUGAUAUAAUUUAUUAAUUUCCUUCUAUAGAUAUAUUUUUUAUCACGAAUGGUCUAGUCACGAGCAGUGUCACUGUAAUAAUAAAAUUGUCUUUGUUUUCAUGAAAAAAACAA